AUUUCACUCCGGCGCCGCCGCAGCUCGCCGUGAAACGAACUUCCGGCCGAUCGCCGGAUGUCUGCUAUUGUGCGUCGCCGCUCACACAUCAUUCUCAUUAAGGUCUGCAACUCUUUAAUUUCCAAUAUUACCCCUAAACUUUCUUCAGUUUACCAAUGCUCAUAUUGUUUCAAUACUUUAUCAAAUUCCCAAAAAAAGCAUGAUUUUUUGGAUGAUUUUACACCUUUUAAGAAUACCCAGAUUGAAGAUUAUGCUUUAAAUGUAACUGAGAAGCAUAAAUUAGUAUUAGGGUUAGGGUUUAUGAUCAAAAGUGGCCAAGAAUUUGUGUUAAAGGAGUUUUCUCAUCAGUUUUGCCCUUUUUUGUUAGUAAAGAUUAUGACUUUAUUCAAAAACCAAUAUGGGUCCGUUGCGUUUUUUAAGCUCGUGUUCCGGGGAGAUCGUUCGGAUAGAUUACUUAAGUUGUGUUGCGUUGUUUGUCAUGUUUUGGCUAUGCAAGGUUUUAGGUUUGUAGCACAAAAUGUGUUAUCAUGGGUUUUGUUGAGGAUUGGAGUAUGUAGAAGUUGGGAAAUGAUGGAAUUGAUGUGGAGAGGGCAUUUUGGGUACGAGUCGGAUUAUUCGGUUCUUGAUACACUUAUGAGGGUUUUUGUGAAUGUUGAUAUGGAUAGGCAGGCAUUGGAGGUUUUGAGGAGGAUGAGAUGGAUUGGUUUGCAGCCGGGCUUGUCUGCGCUUUCGGUUCUUUUUAGGUUGUUGAUUAGAGUAGGUGAUUAUGGAAGUGUUUGGAAGUUAUUUAGAGAUAUGGUUAGGAAAGGUCCCCGUCCUUCGAAUAUUUUGUUUAAUGUGAUGAUUCAUGGGUUUUGUAAGAAGGGGGAAGUUCGAACGGGAGAGAGUUUAUUACAGUUAAUGAGUAAGUUUUCAUGUGAACCAGAUGUUUAUACGUAUAACAUUUUGAUUAAUGCUUAUUGCAUACGUGGACAAACUUUGGAUGCUUUGAGUUGGGUGCAGACGAUGGUUGAAAAGGGUUGUACUCCUAGUACUUCCACUUUUAGCACAAUUAUUAGUGCCUUGGGUAAGGAGGGUAACAUUGUGGAAGCAAGAAACGUUUUUGAUGAAAUGCAAUUUAUGGGUGUGUCGCCAAAUACUACGGUUUACAAUGCGUUGAUGGAUGGCUUUGUUAAAGCUCGAGAAAUUGAUCAGGCAAAUAUGCUUUUUGAAGAAAUGAAAAAUAAUGAUGUUAAGGCUGAUGGUGUGACAUUUAACAUUUUGGUUGCAGGGUAUUAUAAAUACGGGCGAGAUGAGUACGUGGAAUAUUUGUUAAGAGAUUUAGCAAUGUCUGGUUUGCUUCCAGAUUAUGCUUUACCUGACGUAUCAGUGGCAAAAUUAUGCUGGGCGGGACGACCUGAUGAGGCCUCUGAACUUCUAGAAGACACGCUCAAGAAGGGCUUACCCCUUACAGUAAUUGCUUUCAAUUCAAUAAUUUCUGCUUAUAGCAAAAAUGGAUUACAAAAGAAGGCAUUUGACAUGUAUCGUAUGAUGAUUAAAUCUGGUGUAAACCCUUCAUCUUCCACGUGUAAUUCUCUGCUCAUGUGUUUGUCAAGGAAUGGUAGGCUGCAGGAAGCAGAGGAGCUCAUGUAUAAUAUGAGAGAAAAAGAAUUUCCAGUCAAUAGAGUGUCUUUCACUAUUCUUGUAAACGGAUACUUCAAAGGCGGGGAUGUAAUGGGUGCUCAAAGAUUAUGGCUUUUCAUGAACACUAUAAGUAUGGCCCCGGAUGCUGUUGCAACUUCUGCAUUUGUUGAUGGGUUAUCUAAAGCGGGUCUUGUUGAUGAGGCAUAUGAUGUGUUUCUAGCAAUGAAGAAUAAAGGGCUUGUGCCAAAUAAUUUCACUUACAAUUCUUUAAUUGCUGGUUUUUGUAAUUGUGGAAAAGUAAACGAGGCAUUGAAGUUGGAGAAGGAGAUGAGACAAAGGGGUCUUUUACCUGAUUUGUAUACUAAUAAUAUCAUCAUUAACGGGUACUGUAAACAGGGAAGGAUGGAGUCUGCUAUUCAGACCUUUAUGCACAUGCAUCAUUUUGGGUUGGUUCCAGAUAUCGUUACUUAUAACACUUUGAUAGGUGGAUACUGCAAAGGACUUGAUAUGAUCAAUGCAGAUAAUCUUGUUUAUAAAAUGUAUAAUAGUGGGUGGGACCCUGAUGUUACCACAUAUAACAUUCGGAUGCAUGGUUUUUGUCGCAGUCGAAGGAUGAAUCGAGGUGUAUUGGUGUUUAAUGAGCUUCUUUCAUCUGGUAUUGUUCCAAAUACAAUAACAUAUAACACAAUGUUGAAUGCUGUUUGCUAUGAUAUACUUGAUCGAGCUAUGAUCUUGACUGCAAGAUUGCUUAAGAUGGCUUUUGUUCCCAAUAUUGCGACAACCAAUUUGUUAUUGUCACAUCUUCGUAAGCAAGGAUUGCCAGAAAGGACUCUGAUGUGGGGGCAGCAUUUAAGGCAGAUAAGCCUUAAAUUUGAUGAAAUAACGUAUAGAAUUCUGGAAAGAGCUGAUCGUGACAUAAAAGAAAAUGCUGUAUAUUAUAGAGAAACAUCUGGAAAAAGCCUUUUUCUUGACUUCCUUAUGUAUCUUACUUAUGAUUAUUUGUACAGAAAUAGGCUUUACGAUGACAUAGAUACUUCCGCUGUAAGAAUGUUCAACAAUGGAUCUAGUAGGUCCUUAGAAGAGACUACUUGUGUUCAUCAGCAACCAAUGUUAGAAGCCAACAAGUGAAAAUGGACAGCAAAGAGAAAUAUUAAAUUUAAGUAGGCUGGCAAUUGUCCAUCAAAACUGGAGUUUGACAAUUGCAUUGGCUCACCAGAGAUAUUUUUCAAAUUUUGAGAUGCACAAGCUGUGGUGUCGUAUACCGAGUUACAUGAAACUUCAUCAGGUUAGCAGCGGUGGUCAUGUGGGUGAAAGAAUUCAUUGGAUCAUAUGAUCAGCGUCAAGCAAAUGCAGUGGCUGCUAUCGUAACUCUCAUAAGUUCAGCUGGCCAAAGACGGAAAUCAUCAUUCUGAUUAGUUGUGAGUUAUUUGAUGGUGGUUGCAGCAGUAUUUGGUGAAAUUGGGAAGGAAUUUACUAUCAGACCCAAUGCAUACUGUAAUUUUUGAAGUGAAGUUGAGAUAAGCAAGUCCUUGUGCUGCUCCAAGCAUAAUUUGUAGUCUUCUUUGCCAAGGAAGAGCUUCAUGAGAAUUCCUAAAGAGGUGAUCUUCCAGACUUUUAUUUGGCAUGAACUCGUAAACCAACAACCGUUGGAUCCCUCGUUCACCAUCCAUUGAGCAGUAUCCGAUUAGUUUGACCAAAUUUGGGUGGUCAACUACACCGAGAAAUUGUACUUCAGCUACCCAUUGUUUGUGACCCUACAUUUCAUAUCAAGAUUGUACAAAUAAGAUCAGAAGUCCAAGAUGAAAUCAGAACUCCAACUCAUGUACUAAAAGCAAAAUAUGGUGAUUGACUGAUUGUAUCAAUAUCCAUUUUGUAUCUGUACAACUAUCAAUGCCUAUUAAUAAAAAAAAAUUGUUUUUUUUUUUUUUUUAAA